GGUAACUUUCAGUCAUGAUUGAAUCCUUGUGCAGACACAAACACAGCUGAUGGAGGAAAUGUUUUUAUAUGGUCAUAUAAAAUCCAACGUUGACAGUAUCUAAUACUCCUUUGACUUCGCUCUUCUGGUUUUAUUGGUCGAUUUGUGUUCAAUGUUCUGGGAAUAAAAAUAGAAAGUCUUGCAGCGGAGACGAUACUUUUAAAAGGGCAUCGCUUCCUGCCUCUUUUACAGCAUCUUUUUCCUGCACAGUAGAUUUUUAGUUCAUUAAGGGCGCAUGAUGAUGACGCCAUCCUCCUGCGACACGUUCGUGGCUUUACCUCCUUCUACAGAUGGUCAGCGCAUCAUCUUCGGCAAGAACUCGGACAGACCCUGCGAUGAGGUGCAAGAGGUGGUCUAUUUCCCUUCUAAAGACUACAGUCCUGGAGAAAGAGUCGAGUGCACUUACAUAGAGAUAGAGCAGGCUGCUCAUACUCAUGCUGUAGUGUUGAGUAGACCAGCAUGGCUCUGGGGAGCUGAAAUGGGAGCCAACGAACACCAGGUCUGCAUCGGAAAUGAGGCCGUGUGGGGGAGAGAAAGCGCUGACAACGAGGAGGCUUUACUGGGCAUGGAUCUAGUGAGAUUGGCUCUGGAGAGAGCAGACAGUGCAGAGAAGGCUCUGGAUGUGAUAGUGGAGCUUCUGGAGAAAUGUGGGCAGGGUGGCAACUGCAUGGAGGAUGAAUGCACUUUUACCUACCAUAACAGCUUCCUGAUAUGUGACCGCACUGAGGCCUGGGUGCUGGAGACCUCUGGCAAAUACUGGGCUGCAGAGAGAGUAGAGAAUGGAUACCGCAAUAUAUCUAAUCAGUACUCCAUCACCACAAAAAUCGACAAGGAGCACCCGAAUAUGCGGGCUUACGCACAGGAGCAAGGCUGGUGGGAUGGCCAGGUGGAGUUCAGUUUUGCAGAGGUUUACUCUUUUAUGACUACAGCACGCAUAGAGGCCGCUGGGGGUCGCUACUGCGAGGGACGCAAACUCCUGGAGAAAAACAAUGGUCAAAUCACGGCUAAAACUAUGAUGGACAUACUGAGAGAUAAAGAGAGUGGCAUUAAUAUGGAAGGCAUGUUUAUGACAACAGGAAGCAUGGUGUCUGUGCUCCCCAUGGACCAGUCACUGCCUGGGGUUCACUACUUCACUGCAACCCCUGACCCAGAGAGGUCUAUUUUCAAGCCAUUUAUCUUUGUGGCAGACAUAAUGCCACUGAAUCAAACGCGUUCUCCGUAUCUUGGAGAUGAUGAUCCUGUGAAGAAGCAGCCUCGCUUUCAGAGCAAGCCCAACCGUAAACACCCCCUAUUCAUAAAACAUGAGGUGGUGGCUGCUAUAAUUGACAGCACAAGGGAGAAAGGUCAGAGGAUUAUGCAGAAAAUGCAAGAGCUGGAGAAGCAAAAAAUGGAAGAAAUGGAGAACUACUUAGCUACAGGUGUGGAGGACUCGACUUUGAUUGUUCAUCUUUUCUCAAAUACAGUUGAGGAAGAGCUGCAGGUUUACAACAAAGCCUGAAUGAGCCUGGAGAGACUCUUAGAUCUUAUUAUAUAAUUAAAAAGGUUAACUGGUAACAAAACAAAAAGUAGGAAUUACACUUAAUUGCAUGUAAUUUAACUGCACAUAAAUUGCACAGAUUUCAAUAUAUAGCCAUUCCUUUAUGUGUGAACUGAGUCUGGUAAUACAAAUAUAGCAUGAUGACAAGCAAAAUGCUGUAUGAUAAAUAUUACAUAGAUUUUGGAUAGUUAAUUCAUCACACAAUAAUUUCAGCAACAGUAAUUUGCUUUAUAGGUCAAAGACAAGGUUUAAGUGGCAGACACACUUUUACAUCACUAUAUUUAAAUUGUAUGCAUAAUUUAUGCAAAGAGUGCACUUUGAAAAAAAAGUAAAUUAAAUGAACCAUAAAGUGGUUUAUUUAAUAACCAAAUAAAAUAUUAAUGAUAUGCAAAUUAAACAUUAACAGCUAAAAAGAAAGCACAGAAAAUACUAAAAUAAACAUGUUUCUUUCUGGGAGUGUUGCUGGUGUUAAAGUACUAACAUCAGAUAACAGACAUGCUGACAGAAAACAUCCAAUAUUUAGGUUUGAUUUGAAUUUAGACAAAACACCCCAAAAUAAUAACAGGCCUCGUUCCUCAGGCCCUUCUGAGGAAACACAUCAUUGGUAAUCAAAACCUUAACAGUACAGUAUACAGUAUGUACUGGUAUUGCUUACUCAUACAAUGAGUUAUAUUUAUGUUGAAUUUGUUUUCAACACAGACUAAUUGGUUAAAUUACAGUGUCAACUUCACAGAAAUCCUAACAAUAAAAAAAAAAGUCAGAAAAGAAAUUAAGUAAUAAAAUAUUUUUCUCCCCUGAGUGUUUCUGUCAACAUUAUUUCUCAUUGAUCUUUGUGGAAGACCGCAUUUAUUUUAAGUGCAGGCACAUGGCUAUUUAUUCAGCCAAUCAUGUAGCAGCAGUGCAAUGCAUAAAAUGUAGAUACAUCCAUAUACUGUACAUGUCAAGAGCAAUUGAUUCUCAUAUCAAACACCAGAACAAAAAAGUGCAAUUUCUAUGACUUUGUCUGUGGCAUGAUUGUUGUUACCAUUCAAGCUGGUUUGAUAUUUUCCUGAAAAUGCUGAUCUGAUUUUUACACACAACAAUCUGGAGUUUACAAAGAAUGGUGUAGAAAACAAAAACCACUAAGAAAGUGACAGUUCUGUGGGUGGUAAUAAGGAAAAUGGCCAGCCUGGUUUGAGCUACAGGGAAAGCAACUGUAAAUCAACAACAACUCUUUACAUUCAUGGUCAGCAAAAAAAAAGCAACUUGGCAUGCACAAAAAAACCACUAAAUCACUAUGUCUUUGCCCAAAAUAGCUUUUGAUUCUUGUUUUUGAGUGAAAGAAAUUACAUAUAUUUUAAUGCUUUUGUAACUUACAUACCACCGAGUGUUAAUGUGUUCCAAGAUAAUGUGUUUUCUGCAAAUCUCAUGCAUGUAAAGAAUGCUUGUUUCAGUCUGCAGACCUUUUGCUCACAGGAUGUUUUAUGUGUCACCAUUUCAUGUAAAUGAUAAAGUUUGAAUGCGUGAAAUUCAUAAAUUUCUCAAAUACACAUACAAGCCCUUUGUAACGAAAAAUUAUGCUUUUGUAUUGUUUGUUGUGAACAUUAAUAAAGUUCUUGACCUGUAUCUA